AUGGUAGCAAAGGGAAUACCAUCGACGCGGUCGAGGUCGAGGUCCACCGACCACACAGAGCGCCUCGAGCCGCAAUUGCUGCGCGCUGCCGAAAAUGACGAUGUCGAAAGGAUACGAACCCUCAUUGAUGAAUCCAGGACCAGAGGCCAACUGCAAGAUCAUCAUAUGCGGAUUACGUUGAUGCGAAGCUCAGAGAAGGGCAAGGCCGCGGUAACGCGCUAUCUUUUAUCACAAGGUGCGCCUGCCGGUGCGGCACCUGGAAGUCGACAAUCUCCUCUCCUCCGAGCCGUCGAAAGAGACCAUGCUGCUAUUGUUCAUCUGUUGCUUGAGCAUGGGGCGAAUCCAGAGACUGCCGACAAGAAGGGACGAACUGCGCUCAUGACGGCGGCCUGGAAGAAUCAUUGGCAUAUCUUGAAUUCGCUCAUCCUAAAGGGCGCCAACGCCAAUGCGAAGGACCUGCGCGGGAGAAAUGUGCUUCAUAAUUUGGCUGCAGACAAAGUGAUGGACUGGGGCGAUUCCGUUAUUGAACUCCUGUUGAACCAGCAUAUCCACAUUGAUGGCAAGGAGGGGCAAGAUAAUUUACAUCGGACACCUCUCCACUGGGCUUGUGCCACAGGCAAGAAACGUUUAGUCGAACAGCUGCUCACCCGAUCCAGGGGUGGUCCAUCAGCAAAUAUCGCUGCAGUGGAAAUACGGGAGAAGACAGGUCUACACAUUGCAGCUGCGCAUGACAGAGAUGAUAUUGUUCAGUUGCUUCUUCAGUACGGUGCCAGUGUCCAUGCAAGGAGCGAUGGCGGUUGGACACCUCUCCAUAAUGCCUGCAAAAUUGGCUCCCUGAAUAUUGUGCGCAUCUUGAUAGCUGCUGGUGCAGACAUAAAUGGGAAACUUCUCACCGGAAUGUCUCCACUUCAUCUCGCCGCCGAAGGAGGCCACAUAAGUGUUGUUCAAUGCCUGCUGGAUUGCAAAGAUAUCAAAAGGGCUGCUCGGGACACCUUUGGAAGCACUCCCUUCCUUCGAGCCGCGCAGAAUAAACGCAAAGAUAUCGUCAAUCUUCUAGCCCCUUUUAAUAAUAUUGGGACAUUGUCGGAGGAUGCCCUCGGAGCCUGCAACGGUUUCAACGCGACGAUUGUCGACUUUGGAAAUUUCCAUAAUGAAAAUAGAGUACAACGGAAAACAGUUUUCGAAUUACUCUACGCGCGCGAUUCAGUCAAUUCACGAAAACCUGCCAUGAAUAUUCGUCCUACAGACAAGGCCGCAAAUUUUCGAUGGAUCCACCUUCCUGCAAACAAUAUGGCCUGGGUGGAGGCUCUUUUGACUAAGUUAUUCAUCGAAGAAGGUGCAAGUGACAUCGAAGGUUUCAAAGCGCUAGAAAGAUCGUUUAGUCACCAACACCGAGGCCAGCGGAGUCAUUCACACUUCAUGAGACCGCUAUGUCAAAGCACUCCUCGAGUUCCUAGACUUCCUGAAGCCGAGACAUUCAAUUCCGCAGAGGAGCAAGGACCUCCAAUAAUCAUCGUUAAUGGAGGUCCGGAUUCAAAUGCCACUCCUCCUCCCCGGACUCCUGUCCGGGCCUCUACCUCGUCUCCAGGGGACGAUCUUUCGGAGUGGUUAAGAAAGUCAUCGCCACAUGGUGGAAAAGACCACGCCAAGGGAAGCCAGAAGGAGAAGCCAAAGAAGGGCCAUGGAAAGGGCAACAAGUCUCCUAAGAUUGGGAUUGAAACGCCGACUCCUAAGGAGCAGCGCAAGGCGAACUACCUACACCAAAACAAGCAUUCCCACUCCACAAGUUCUCUAGGCCGAAAGGAUAACUUACAUAUAUCUAAGGGUAGCUUCUAUACGUUUAUGCCGUAUCUGCAUUUUGAAACAAACGAGCGGUGCCAACAAAUGCAAGCGGCAAUCAAACGCGCCGAAACGCUUAAAUCCCCAUUUUAUCCUUCGCUCACCAAAUCUACAACAUAUGACGAGAUGCUUAUCCGUGCACAUCUUGCGAGCUCCACAGUUUCCCUGCAUGUGCGGCGCACUCUUGAUCAAUCAUUUUACCACAAUAUCGAUACUCACUACCGUGACCAAGAUCAAGUAGUCUAUCGCUACCAGCUGAAAGAAAAAGCCCCCGAAGAAUCUUGUGAUCCUAAAAUCGUUAUGGUGGACCAACUUUGGAUGUGGGUACUUGGGAAGGACCUCGUCGUAACCUGUUUCCCACAACGGUGGCAGCAACCCAAGAAUGACCCUCUGAAUGUCCUUGACAGUAUUAUAGAGGACAUUAAUGACAAAACUCGCGAACCGGUCGGGUCGGUAUACGAUCUGGCCAUGAUUGUUACAAGUCGUUGUACAGGAGUAUUCGAUCGGCAUCGUAUGGGCGGCGAAGACUACCAAUUCCUUGACAUGUUUGAAUCUAGCAUUGGCGACGCAACCGAUAGGGAAACAGUUCUAUUUAAAGAAUUUAAUACUGCUUCUGCGCAGGCUUCCCGCUGGCUAGCUCAUCAUCGACGGCUAAAUCAGCCAUCUCGAGUCAUGCAAUAUAAUUCUUCUGACUUCGAUAAUUCUCAUAAUGCGGAACGAGAGAUGCAGGAAGAUGGUUUCAAUUUCGAGGACUUCAUGCGCGGGCCUGUAUUUGUCGACAAAUUACUCGAGAUUUACAACGAAACUGCACUGUUGGCUGAGACGAAAGAUAUCAGAGAUGAGUUGAAUAUGAUAAAGAAGGUCUUUGAGGAUCAGCAACUAGUUCUCCCAACACUCGAAACCGCUAUCUGCGACAUUUAUAAGGAUGAACAACGAUCACAGCAGGAGGUCAAAAAGCGAUUUGCGGAUCAGAUGAAGACUGUCGGCACGCAUGUCAAGGAUAUUGACCGCAUGGAUAAACAAGCAGAACGCAUUUAUUACUCAGUCACCGACAUGCUAGAUCUGAAACAAAAGCACGCCAACGCUUUCGAAGCUCGCUUUGCGCGCGACCAGGCUACUAGCACCGCGAGGCAGAGUCAAACUAUUAUGGUCUUUACGAUUGUCACGAUUAUCUUCUUGCCAGUGAGCUUCAUCGCAAGUUUCUUCACGGUCCCGAUCAGAGAAUUCCCAAAAGGCGACAACGGCCCGAGUCUGCCACUAUCAUAUGUGAGCAAGUAUAUGUUCGGGAUCGGGCUUGCUAUUUCGAUUCCUAUGGUAUUUAUCGCAUUCUAUCUUGAAGAUAUUGGAAUAUUUAUCAAAAACUCGAAGAAUUUCAUGAAGCAACGAAAACGGGCAAAGAAUGAGCGGAAUAAUAUUUAUUCGGAGAGUGGAGGCAAUGCAAGUGCUCUUGAAGUGUUCAAAAUCGAGCAAAUGCUUAGUGGGGCUCGUAGUGCGAGGAAGAGUGUUGAGACCGAAUGGAUACGUGAUCGCCUUUCCGUUUCCGCGAGGGUGCCGACUCCCAGGUCUGCGGGAAGGCCGGAAAAUGUUAGUACGGGGUUCCGGAUGAGGAUGAGCCAUGACGUUGAAAGGGGCGUCUAA